UACAUUCAGUUUCCCGCGCGCUUUUACUGAAUGGCGAGAUUCUUGACGUUGACAACUUAACGCAUAUAAUCAUCGUAUAUAUAUAUACCGUUGCACAUUUUUGUCCUGUUUUGCCGAAGACAUGCCAGAAGCAGAUUAUGAUCCUGCCAGUUUACCAGACUUGUUACCUCUAUACUAUCGCCGACUAUUCCCUUUUUCACAGUACUAUCGGUGGCUAAAUUAUGGAGGGGUGACAAAGGGCUACUUCCAGAACCGUGAGUUCUCCUUCACCCUCAAAGAUGACAUCUAUGUCCGAUACCAGUCUUUUAGCACGCAGAGUGAACUGGAGAAGGAGAUGCAGAAGAUGAACCCAUAUAAAAUUGAUGUUGGAGCUGUUUAUAGCCACAGGCCUAAUCAACACAACACAGUGAAGUCUGGAGCAUUCCAAGCCCUGGAGAAAGAGCUGGUGUUUGACAUUGAUAUGACUGACUAUGAUGACGUCAGAACGUGCUGCAGUGCUGCUGACAUUUGCAUGAAGUGCUGGACCUUGAUGACUAUUGCUAUCAGAAUCCUUGACCGGGCACUGAGAGAGGACUUUGGCUUCCGGCACCUUCUUUGGGUGUACUCUGGCAGAAGAGGGGUUCAUUGUUGGGUGUGUGAUGAAGCAGCAAGGAAGCUGUCAGUGGCAGCGCGUUCUGCGGUGGCAGAGUACCUCAGCCUAGUAAAGGGAGGCGAGGACAUGGUGAAGAAAGUUCAGCUGUCAGAACCUCUACAUCCUUUCAUUAGAGAAUCUCUUGUUGUGGUGGAGAAAUACUUCCCUCAGUAUGCCAUUUCUGGACAGGACAUACUGGGCAACAGCAAGACUGUGGAGAAAGUGCUGGCUCUUGUGCCUGAUGAGGUGAGAGAGGACCUUCAAACCUUCUUCCAGAGUGAGAAGAACCCCAUGAAGCGGUGGAAGAGGCUUUGCGCCCUGGUGCAGCAUCAGCGGGUGAGUUCAAAGAAAGGAUGCCAGCAUAUUGACAAAGAGAUCAUGCUCCAGUACUGCUAUCCCAGACUGGAUGUGAAUGUCAGCAAAGGAGUCAACCAUUUAUUGAAGAGCCCUUUCAGUGUCCAUCCCAAAACUGGGCGAAUCUCUGUGCCAAUUGACCUUGAAGAACUUGACUCAUUUGAUCCCUUUGAUGUUCCAACAAUCAGCUUGACCUGUGAGGAACUGGACAAGCCCAGGGAUGCGGAUGAGGAAGACGAGGUGGAGAAGGAGAAUGAAAAUGAGAUGGACGCAGCUGAGCGGCGUAAAAUAAGAGACUACAAGAGAACAAGCCUGGCAAAAUAUGUGAAGCUGUUUGACAGAUUCCUGGAUGGGAUGGCUCGCUCCCGCAAAGGGGAGAUGCUGAGGAAAAGUGACCUUCAGAAGGACUUCUAAGCCAGAGCUGAGCACUUCAGCUGUUGAACAUCAACCAAAAGCUGACCAACUUACUUCCACUGGAGAAUCACUCAGAAAAGCAAAUGCAAACGUGACUUAACUUGAUGUACAUAGACAUUUACUCAGCAGUGUAAAGGUUUCGUUAGAAACUUUUUUUUUUUUUUAACCAAAUUGUAAACAAGAUAUGAUAAUUGUGCAGAUAGUCCGAACUCUGUUUUUCUUUGUUUCCAUUUUUGUAAAGAGACCUGGUGACUUUUCCACUUCCUAAAUAAAUACAUUUAAAAUUCAAA